CUGUCACCAUUCAAGCACUACCCGACCCACGCCUGCGACGUCUUCUUGUUAGUAGUAUUUUUGUCGCAGUAACGUUCGGACAGACAAUUUAACUGUAUUGUAAUCAACUUGUUUGCUGCAUUUGUACAUCAGUAUUCUUCACCUUAACCUAGGACAACAACACACCCAGCCACUGUGACAGCGGAGCGCGUGAGAGCAUAAAACUCGUACUCCUCUACUACAACAAAAGCAACAGCACAAACUUCAAUCCCACUCAAUACUAGCUUUUGAACCACACAGACAACCGAGCGCAACCGCUGUAAAACAAUAUGGGGAAUCCACUUUGGUUUAUCUUUUGGUUUUUGAUCUUCUGGUUCAUCUCAUUCUUUGUGGCUUUCUUGGCUGCGUUCUUAUACAUAAUAUGCUAUGUAUUGGAAGUGCUGUUUAGUGGGUUAUCGGGUUUGAACAACCUUUUGUUGAAAGGCAUACAAUUCCCCCACUACUGCGCUGUGGGUAUGAAGGAAUGCAAGUCGCCGUUAUAAAUGUUGGUCUAAACUAAAUUAGUACUUGCUUCUUUUGUUAUUUUUGAAUUGUUAGUGUCUACAUACAUAUAAAUAUUUAAGCUUUACAGUUAACUAGUGGGAUGAAUUUGUAUUGUUCAAACCGUAUAUGAAGCCAUUCAACUAUUUACAUUAAAUAUUUUUCUACUCAGUCUAAAAUAAUUUUUAUUUAAAAAA